AUGAAUACCGCCAAACGUGCAACGACGCGCAAGGCCCAAGUCCCCUUGGAGAAGACCGUCUCUGCGGCGGAGACAAGGUGCCACAGUGCACUCCUUGUUAUCGGCACGUACCACUCCGUGAUGGCAGGUCUUGUGUACCGCCGAAACAAGCUUGGCAUGCUUUUCUCCGUGAAACACCACGAGGGCUGCAUUAACAGCGUGGCUGUGGGCGAAAGGUACAUGGCCACUUCCGGCACGGACGAGCGUGUCUUCCUCUUUACGAACAAAAACCAGAAGAGCCUCACACCCACUGAACGGCUACGAUUGCGGGCGGCGGGGGAGUCGUUGAGUGUGCGGCUUGCGGAUCUUGGCCACAUCUCGCCGCCGAGCGAGGUGCGCUGCCUUCUUUUUAUUGCCAACUCACAGCAACUGCUCUGCGGCUGCACGGACGGCCAACUCCUCAUGUACCGGACUCGCGACUGGUCCGUCAGCCUCUCGCUCCCACUGCACGAGAAGGGCGUUGUGGGCGUUGCGACGCACCCGGGCAGUGACGGGGUGUUGGCCGUCACGAUUGGCGCGGACCGGCACGUCGCGGUUAUAGACCUUGCAAGGGGCCGACUGCUCAGCAAGUGGCGCUACAACGCAUCCCUUGAGGGAACUGAAGUGAAGAAGCGGCAGGAGGGGGAGGAGGAAGAGGAAAAGGAUGACGACAAAAAAGAUGGCACGCCACGCGUGAAGCGGGUCAAGUUGGAGAGGCGCGACGGCCCGCAUACGGUGAAGUUCUCACCGAGCGGGAGGUAUUUUACUGUCAUGUCGAGUCACGCCUUUGCCGUGUACGAGACGGCGACGGUGGGCGUCGUGGCAAUUUAUCGGGCGCCAUCACCGCAGCCACGUGAGGAACUUCAUGUAUUUGCGUUUGUUGAUGACGAUGCGAUGAUCUUUGGGAAUGAGUCCGGCGAGUUAUUGGUCUGCCGUGGGCCGUGGAAAUCGAGGGAGACACAGCCAGGAGAAUGCACAUUAUAUCCAGUUGCCACACAUGUUCCAUCAGAGUCCGAGCAGCAUGCCGAUGAGAAGAAAAAGUUACUGCGGCAUCCGACGCGCCACACGACACGUUUGAAGGCCCUCUACUGUGUGGAGCGCACUGUGUUCUCCCUAGACGCAACAGGUACUGUGAUCGCAUGGCUUGUAGAGGAAGUUGCAGAUGCCGUGAUGACGCUGAAAUUUAAUUGCAGCGCAAAUUGUCAGGGACGUGUCACGACGAUGGACGUGUUAUUAUUAUAA